GGCCGUGGGCCAUGCCGGGGGCGGGCCCGGAGUCGCAGCGGGUGAGUCCGGCGGUGGCUGCUGUCGGGUCCUGCGCUGUCUGGACUGAGGUGGCGUCCCUGGGCCGGACGGCGGCGUCCUGGCGUGGCGUGAAGCCGGCACUAGAGCGGGAGCGCACUGGGCGCGGGACCGGGAGGCGCAGGGACCGGACGGCUCCCGGGUCGCCCACCUGAAGCUGGUGAGAGGGCGGCGCCCCUCCGAGCAGAGCCGCCCCAGCCACUCCCCGGGGAUCUGACUUGGCUCCUGCGGUCCCGGGCGCCGCGAAGCCCUGGGGCGUGCGUGGCUCCUGCUGGUAGGCGCCCUGUCCCAGUGUCCGGCUUGGGGUGGUGGUUGCGGUGACUCCAACCCCGCCUCUCCCUGGAGAGGAGGGCUCCACUCGCUCCUUCGGCCUCCUCCCCUGGGGCCGCAGCGACUCGGGCCGGCUUCCUGCUUCCCUACCUGCCGGCGGGUCCCGACGCUGGCGGGCGGUGCUGCUGGCUAGAAGAGGUCUUCAGUUCCCAGAAGAGCCAAAGCGUCUCUGGACCUAGGUGGGAAAAGAAGUGGCUGUGACCAUUGCCCUGACCUGGAAGGGCGCAGCCUUGGGCUGAAUGGCAGCACCCACGCCCGGCCGUCCGGUGCUGACCCACCUGCUGGUGGCUCUCUUCGGCAUGGGCUCUUGGGCUGCGGUCAAUGGGAUCUGGGUGGAGCUACCUGUGGUGGUCAGAGAGCUUCCGGAGGGUUGGAGCCUCCCCUCCUACGUCUCUGUGCUUGUGGCGCUGGGGAACCUGGGUCUGCUGGUGGUGACCCUUUGGAGGCGACUGGCCCCAGGAAAGGGCGAGCGGGUCCCCAUCCGGGUGGUGCAGGUGCUGAGCAUGGUGGGCACAGCCCUCCUGGCCUUUCUGUGGCACCACGUGGUCCCCGUGGCAGGACAGUUGCAUUCCGUGGCCUUCCUAGCACUGGCCUUUGUGCUGGCGCUGGCAUGCUGUGCCUCUAAUGUCACUUUCCUGCCCUUCCUGAGCCACCUGCCACCUGGCUUCUUACGAUCAUUCUUCCUGGGUCAAGGCCUGAGUGCCCUGCUGCCCUGCGUGCUGGCCCUAGUGCAGGGUGUGGGCCGCCUUGAGUGCCCGCCAGCCCCCAUCAAUGGCACCCCUGGCCCCCCGCUCGACUUCCUUGAGCGUUUUCCCGCCAGCACCUUCUUCUGGGCACUGACUGCCCUUCUGGUUGCUUCAGCUGCUGCCUUUCAGGGUCUCCUGCUGCUGUUGCCCCCCCCAUCUGUACCCGCAGGGGGCUUAGGAUCAGGCCUCCAGGUGGGAGCCCCAGGAGCAGAGGAAGAGGUGGAAGAGGCCUCACCAUUGCAAGAGCCACCAAGCCAGGCAGCGGGCACCACCCCUGGUCCAGACUCGAAGACCUAUCAGCUUCUCUCAGCCCACAGUGCCUGCCUGCUGGGCCUGUUGGCCGCCACCAACGCACUGACCAACGGCGUGCUGCCUGCUGUGCAGAGCUUUUCCUGCUUACCCUAUGGGCGUCUGGCCUACCACCUGGCUGUGGUGCUGGGCAGUGCUGCCAAUCCCCUGGCCUGCUUCCUGGCCAUGGGUGUGCUGUGCAGAUCCUUGGCAGGGCUGGGCGGCCUCUCUCUGCUGGGCGUGCUCUUUGGGGGCUACCUGAUGGCGCUGGCAGUCCUGAGCCCCUGCCCGCCCCUGGUGGGCACCUCGGCAGGGGUGGUCCUCGUGGUGCUGUCGUGGGUGCUGUGUCUUGGCGUUUUCUCCUACGUGAAGGUGGCAGCCAGCUCCCUGCUGCAUGGCGGGGGCCGGCCGGCAUUGCUGGCGGCCGGUAUGGCCAUCCAGGUGGGCUCUCUGCUCGGCGCUGUUGCUAUGUUUCCCCCCACCAGCAUCUAUCACGUGUUCCACAGCCGAAAGGACUGUGCAGACCCCUGUGACUCCUGAGCCUGGGCAGGUGGGGAUCCCGCUCCCCGACGCCUGUCUCCCUCGAUGCUGCCACCGUGCCUGAGUGCCUGCAGCCCAGGAGGCCCGCGCACCGCUACACUCGUGGACACCUACACGCUCCAUAGGAGGCCCUGGCUCUCCGGGGCGGGGGGAAGGGCAGGGAGCAGGCUUGGAGCCAGGGAGCGGUGGGGGCUGUAGGGUAAGCCCCUGAGCCUAGGACCUACCUGUGGUUUGCGUAAUAAAACAUUUUUAUUUAAUGA